CAAAGACAAGUUGGAAAGAAGGCUGCGCCGAGCAGGGAGAAGAGGGACACCAUGGCAAGCCUGCACCCGCCGCUGGAUGACGCGCAGGAUGCUGGACAGGUGCUCUACACGUCCCUCCUGGUCCUGGGGCUGGACGCCACAGGGCUGGAGCUCAGCCUCCGCACGCCCGUCAGUCAGAAAAUGUUCACACGAAUGAACAAAAAGCUUGGGGAGCACAUAUUGCACUUUUUGUUUGUCUGCAUCGACCGUGACAAGGCCUCAAAGGUCUUCCGUGACUGCUGGCCUCUGCUUGACAAGAGGCAGGAGUCCCAGUUUCACAAGGCUACAUUCGAGUGGUACAAAACAUUACAACAGAAUUAUGGACAGCCAGUCCCUGCAGUUGUAGCUAAGACCUUCAUGUCCCCCGGAGGACCCAAAUUUAUCACCACCUUGCGCACUUUGACCCGCAUUGCCCACCAUGCCUCCUGCAUCAGAAAAGAUCCUGUACGGAAUGUCUUAAACUUUCCGACAUUUGGCCGUUGCCCAGAGAAAAACCGUGCAAUGCUAACUCUCCUUCGAGCCUCAAAGCAAGCACACCAGAGGGAGUUCAUUGUGAGACAGAAAAUCCAGCAAAAUGUUCUCAAAAAAGUUCAAGAAAAAGCUAAGGAGCUGGCUGGAGUGUACCGCAGUCUGUGCUCCCAGAGUGACAAGGCAGCAGCCAGUCUCCAGGAUGCACUUCGGCAGAAUGAGAGGCUGACACAACAUCAGAAGGAAACCCUUCCAACAUCUCCACUGUGUGAUAUACAAAAAGAGGUACAAGUGGAUAUGUCUGAGAUGAAUAGUGAAGCAAAGAGGCUCUGGGACCGUGUGGAGGUUUUCCGUCAGGUGGAGGAGUCAUCGUGGAAGAUACUGUCUCCACUAUUGAAUGGAACCACAUCCUUGUCGCACGUUGAUGGGUCUAUGUAUUCCGUUCAAGUGCCAGACAUGAUUUACAAGGAACAUGCAACAGAAAUAAAUAAGCUAGGGUUGCAAGGCUUGUAUCAAGAAGACAAACUAGAUUUGCUGAGUCUGGUCCAGUAUGCCAACUUAGCCCUGAAGUCCCUUCUUACAACUGUGCAUAAAACACAUUCACAGGCCAGGCCUGAGUCGACAGAGGAGCUGAAGGUCCAGAUGGGUCGUGUGGCUAGCUUGAGUGAGACUGUGAAUGAACUUACAACUAAGUUGAACACUCUCUUGCCUGAGUUAAUGGAGUCUGUUGCAGUACACCGCCAGCAGAUCACACUGCCUGUCCCCAUUCUGGAGAGUAUUGAGCAAGAUGGAAAGCCCAACCUCUGUCCUCCAACACCACCUCUGUGUCUUGUCAACACACCUGUGGCCAAUGGGGGGCCAAAGUAUGCUCCUCUCAUGCUCACCCCUGGUGUUCACAAACCUCAUGCAAGAGGGCCUCAGAUGGAUGCUAAUACCACUCCUAACAGGAUGCUCACCACGCAUAGUAUGACACAAGCUGCCAGAAAGUCGCCCAAGGCCAAUGUUCUCUAUUCCUCAGCAACCCAUAAAGAUGAUUCGGUUUUGAUUGUAGCUGGGGAAGAAGCUAAAGUUUCUGAGGCAGAGGAAGGGCUAGGAAUAGAGAUGCUGACAGUGGACUGUCGGGUGCGCUACCAGAGGAAGAAGCAGGAGGAGCUGGAGGCACUGUUGGAAAAGUACCAACCACAGCAAAGCAGAGAAGGGAAGAAGACAGCGAUCCCAAAAAGAACAAAAAUUCCCAAAGAGAACAAGAAACCACUAGAGAACAAUAAACUCUCAGACUGUAGCAGUCGCAUGACCAAGAAAGUCCUGGCCAAAGUGGAAAUGAACGUGAAGGAAACAAAUGUGAGAAAUGGAAAGGCAUUGGCUAUAUGUCCGAAUAAUGGAGAGGAUCUUGACAGUUCACUGAUAAACAGACUGGCAGAGGUUGUGGCUACUGAUGACAAUGACAGUGGUGCUGCAGAACUAAUGGCAGAGUCUCUUAGUAGUACAAACUCCAAGGAAGGCUUGGCACUAGAUUCUGGUUGUGCUGAUGGCUCUGGCUCAGAAACACUGUUGGACACCAUCGAGAGGAUGAGCAUAACUCCAAGGAAGAAAAACGAGUGCAGACUUCCUCAAAGCAGACCAGGAUCUGCGAAGAAGUAUGGCACACCCUUCCGCUCAAUUACCCCUAGGUUAUCUACUUCUUAUACUGAGACCCCAGAUAUUUCAAAAGACAAUGAGGUAACACAACCAGCAAAUUCACAAGUCAUAAAACUGAUUGAUUUUACACCAUAUGGAAAACCAGCCACUAAGAUUUGUACACCAAUUGGGACACCAACAAGAGAUCCUUUCAAGACACCUAUCCAGAAACCAGAAGCUGUAGGGAAGAAUACUGAUGUUUCCAGGCAGCUGCUAGCAUCCUUAUCUCUAGACAAAAAAGAGGACAAUGCCCACGAAGUCCCAAAAGAUCUUAUGACAAGGAUGUCUCUGUUGACUCAGAGUCCAGUGAGAAGUACAGCAAUUCCUCAAGGAUCAAAGAUACUAGCAAAAUUCUCAGGACUGGAGCUGCAGGAGGCAUCCAGAGGCACCCAUGCAACCAGGCAGAUGAAAGCUGAUAUUACAGAGACCAGCCGGGGAGCUGCCAUAGUGGAGCUUCGACACCACGCAAAGACAAACCUCUGCAGUCUUAUUGAACAGAUGCAGAAGAUGAAGCAAGUCCACUCAGAAGCAAAAGGGGUAAAUGAGACCAGAGCUAGGGGGGGGUCUAAGUCCAAGUUCUUAUCUUUUGUAGAAAAACUGAAAGCUGAGAAACAACAAAGUAACAGUGGUAGCGAGAGCAAGUGUUUGAGGAGUCUUAGCAAAGACUUAGAAAUAAACACUGACAAUAAGGAACCACAGAGUGAUACACUGACCUGGAGUAAAGAAUCCUCAUUAAAGGAAACCGCUGAUAAGAUUCAUCCAGACAGUAAGACAGACUUUUUAAGUAACAUGACAAGAAUGCAAGACCUUCUUGGUGAUUAUGAAGAUGAUGAAGAUACGCUCACUGGAAGUUGCUAUGAUAGUAAGAGCUUUGAGGAGACACUGGAGAAAGAUGGAGAAAUAUUCACAAAUUCCCGAGAUAUUGAGAAGACGCUUUUCAAGACACCAGGCAGGCGAUCAUCGUACCUUUCAGAAGAUUCUGUCUUCGACACACUUACUGAUGCAAUUCUUGUUGGAGAGGCCAAAUCUUCUAUCUUAAGGGAAGAGGGGGCUAAGGCAGAGGCCCGGAGAG